AUGAUGCUGCACGGACAGGUAUCCGCGCUCUCUCUACAAGACCACGACCAGCAGCAACAACAACAUAAUAAGCCAGUCAAUUCUCAUCAAGAUGCCUGCUCGCCUGGUUCUGAUGUCAUGAUCGCGACGAAUGGCCCUGCGCCUGCGCACUCGCGCCCUCCCUCUCCAUCGCUGAGUCGCAUCUUCCGCUAUACGCCCGUCCCAACCCUCGUCCUCGAUCCGUCCAUGUCCAUCGUCGAGGUCUCCGACAGUCAUUUAGCUAUCUCUGGCGAGCCGCGCGAUUCCCUCCUCCAUGCGACCGUCGGCGACCUUGAUCCAGAGGCGAUUCCUGCUCCCAACAUUCCCACCCUCUACGGCGCAUUACGCGCGGCCUGUGCGACUCGAGAGACCCAGCUGAUCGAGCACAUCCUUGUCAAUAAUAAGAUCGCACAUAAUCUCAGGGUGACUCCCAUAUUCGACGGGGCAACCCUGCUGUAUGUCGUGUUGGAGGCCCAGAAACUCACGGAAAAGGCCGUGAACAACCAGCAUGGAUACAUGAACGAGACCUACAAGAUCCUCGUCGACACAGUCAAGGACUACGCGAUCUUCAUGCUCGAUCCGCACGGGCGCAUCGCCACCUGGAAUGCAGGCGCCGAAGUCCUCAAGGGAUACAAAGCAGAGGAGGUCAUCGGCAAGCACUUCUCCAUCUUCUACAGCCCAGAGGACAGAGCAAGCGGCAAGCCAGCCAAGGCACUCGACGUGUGCAUGCGCGACGGCCGCAUCGAAGACGAGGGCUGGCGAUAUCGACGCGAUGGCUCCAGAUUCUGGGCCAACGUGCUCAUCACCCCGAUCUUCCAGUUCGGGCAGCAUGUGGGCUUUGCCAAAGUCACUCGCGACCUCACGGAGCGCAAGGAGGCUGAGGCGCGUAUGAUCACGGCGUUCGAGGAGUCGUCGCGGUUGAAGACGGACUUUCUGGCGAACAUCAGCCAUGAGAUUCGCACGCCGAUGAAUGGGAUGCAGAUGGCCCUGACCAUGCUGGCUGAUACUGGGCUGUCGUCGCAACAGGCCGAGCAUGCCACCAUCAUUCAAGAUUCAAUGUCGCUGCUGCUUCAGAUCGUCAAUGACGUGCUGGACUACUCGAAACUGUCGUCUGGCUCGUUCUCGCUGCACGCCGACAUGGUCGACGUGAGGGAUGUUGUAGGCGCCGUCGUGCGCAAUUGUCGACCAUCGCUCCACGAUGGCGUAGAAUUAACCACCUCUAUCCCUCCUGAUCUCCCUAAGAGAUUGCGAGGAGAUCCCCUCAGGUACAGGCAGGUCCUGCAGAACCUAGUGUGCAACGCCGUCAAGUUCACCGAAAAGGGCACCAUUCGCGUAUCGAUAUCCUGCUCGCUGGACGACCAAGAGCCGGCCUUUUCUACCGUAAAAACAGAAGUAAUAGACACCGGAAUAGGCGUUCCCGAUAGUGCAAUCAACACGCUCUUCACGCCCUUCACGCGCUUCGCCAAUUCCACCAGACGCAAGUACCAAGGCACCGGUCUGGGCCUCUCGAUCUGCAAGAGCCUCGCAGAGCUGAUGCAGGGGACAGUCGGAUAUGCGCCCAACCCAGACCACGGUAGCAUUUUCUGGUUCACCGCGAAAAUGGGCGGCGGAUCCAUUACACUGCCAUCGUCGACGCCAAAGCGAGCGAGCGCCUCCGUAACGCCCAUACAGCCCGACAUCGCGACCGAAAUACGAACCCUCGCGCCGUGCAAGCAUGUCCUGCUCGUGGAAGACAACAUCGUCAAUCACACGGUGAUGCUGAAACUCCUGCGCAGUAUCGGGUUUGAACGAGUCGACGGGGCGUGGAAUGGCGCCGAGGCGGUGCGCCUGGUCAAGCAGAAGCCGCUAUCCUACGACGCCGUGCUAAUGGACGUCUCCAUGCCGGUCAUGAAUGGUCUAACGGCGACGGCUCAGAUCCGGGAGAUGGGUCUGCAGAUUCCCAUUAUUGCAAUCACGGGGAAUGCAUUGAAGGGCGACGCGGAGACGUACAUGGCCAAGGGGAUGAACGACUGCAUCGACAAGCCAGUCCACCGCGACCAGCUGCUGAAGGUAUUAUGGAAGUGGAUUGGGGAUGGGGUCUAA